ACUUCGAAAUCGCAAUUGAAAUCGAAAUACCACAACAUAGAGAGAGAAAUACCGAUCGAUUGUUCAAAGUUCAAAUCUCAAAAGCACAAUUCUACAAGGGUUUUCAUUUUUCUCUCAAAUCGACGCUCCUUCUAGGGUUUCCGGCUGAAUUAAGAACUCGAAAUGGUAUCUCUAACUCCAGAUACAUCCCGAAAGGUAGGACAAGGGAUGGCGCCAUCUCCGAUUCCAUUUCUCACUCCUCGUCCAGAAAGGCGACGUCUUGAAUCUAGAUGUUCUGAUUUGGGUUUGAGUCGGCAUAAUAAUAGAGAUCAAGAAAUUAAUGUGCAAGUCAUUCUCAGAUGCAGGCCACUAAAUGAGGAUGAGCAAAGAGUGAAUGUGCCAAGAGUGGUAACUUGUAAUGAACAUAGAAGAGAAGUCAAUAUUAUACAAAGUGUAGCUAAUAAACAAGUGGAUAGAGUUUUUACCUUUGACAAGGUAUUUGGGCCAAAAGCACAACAAAGAUCAAUAUAUGACCAAGCAAUUACUCCCAUUGUAAAUGAAGUUCUUGAAGGUUUCAACUGUACCAUAUUUGCAUAUGGACAGACAGGAACAGGAAAAACAUAUACAAUGGAGGGAGGAAUGAGGAAGAAGGGUGGUGAGUUGGCUGCUGAGGCUGGUGUUAUACCAAGGGCGGUUCGUCAGAUCUUUGAUGUAUUGGAGGCACAAAAUGCUGAUUAUAAUAUGAAAGUGACUUUUCUGGAACUUUACAAUGAAGAAAUCACGGAUCUUCUUGCACUUGAUGAUUCAUCAAAGCCUUUGGAAGAUAGGCAAAGAAAACCCAUUUCCUUAAUGGAGGAUGGUAAAGGUAGUGUGAUUGUAAGAGGUCUAGAAGAAGAAGCUGUAUACAGUGCCAAUGAAAUUCACAACCUUUUGGAAAGAGGAGCUGCAAAAAGGCGUACAGCUGAUACUUUGUUAAAUAAGCGUAGCAGCCGAUCUCAUUCAGUCUUUACCAUAACUGUUCAUAUUAAAGAAACAACUAUUGGAGAUGAGGAGCUCAUCAAAUGUGGCAAGCUUAAUCUAGUUGAUUUGGCUGGAUCAGAGAAUAUAUCUCGGUCAGGUGCUCGAGAGGCUCGUGCAAGGGAAGCUGGAGAAAUAAACAAGAGCUUGUUAACACUUGGACGUGUAAUAAAUACUCUUGUGGAACAUUCUGCUCAUGUUCCUUACAGAGAUAGCAAGUUAACUAGAUUGCUGCGAGAUUCAUUAGGAGGAAAAACGAAAACUUGUAUUAUUGCAACAAUUUCUCCAUCUGCUCAUUGUUUGGAGGAAACUCUAAGCACAUUAGAUUAUGCUUAUCGUGCCAAAAACAUCAAGAACAAGCCAGAGGCAAACCAGAAAAUGUCUAAGGCUGUGCUGCUUAAAGAUUUGUACUUGGAAAUGGAUAGAAUGAAACAAGAUGUUCGAGCAGCAAGAGAAAGAAACGGUGUUUACAUUCCUCAUGAAAGAUUUGCUGCCGAUGAAGCUGAAAAGAAGGCAAGGAAUGAGAAGAUUGAACAGUUGGAGUCUGAUUUAAAUGCUAGUGAAAAGCAAGUGGAAAUGUUUCGGGAACUCUAUGUUACAGAACAAGAAGAGAAACUAGACAUACAGAGUGAGCUUAAGGAUUGUAAGAUGGAUUUGGAAAAUACUAAUAUGAAGUUAAAGGAUCUCCAAGAGAAGCACAGGGAAGCCAUUUCGACACUGAAGCAGAAAGAGUCUGCCAUUACCAAACUUAUACAAUCAGAGAAUUUCUUGAUUGAACGUGCAAAAGAAUUGCGAGGCAAUUUGCAGAUUGCAUCAAAUGAUAUAUCUACCUUGUUUGAAAAAAUAGAUCAUAAAGAUAGUUUGGAGUCUAAAAAUCAAGGCCUUCUACUUGAAUUUGGAUCAAAGCUUGAUCAGAGUCUAAAGGACCUACACAAGACAAUUCUUGGGUCAAUCUUUGAGCAGCAGCAACAAUUGAAGACUGCAGACGAACAUGUCUCCACUUUUCUUGCCAGUAAACAUGAUGCAACUGAGAUAUUGGAAUCUAGAGUACAGAAAAUGUUGCAGACAUAUAUUACUGGAACUUCAACUCUAAAGGAGCUAGCUCAUUUGUUGCAAACUAAGUCUUGUUCUGAUCUUCAGACAAUGAAGUCCACAAUGACAUGUCAAAUAACCGAGCUUGAGAAAUUUCUGGAUAACGCUGUUUCAGAUGGAAAACUUGUGGCUGCUGAUAUUCAAAAUAGUAUUACAGAGCAAAAGGAAAUCUUAGCUUACUCGUCUAGGCAACAAGAAGAGGGCCUACAUCGAAGUAUGGUUUCAGCAGAGACGAUUUCAAGGUUAACUGAGGAUUUAUUUAAUGAAAUCACUCACCAUGCUUCUGAACUUGUUAGAGCUAUUAGAGAUAGCCAAAUUGACCAAUGCCAUAAGUUAGCACUUUUCCAGGAGACAUUUAAGGAAGAGGCAGUUCAUGAAGAGAAGCAGGCGAUGGAGAAGAUUGCAGCAAUAUUAACAUCUCUGACUGCUAAGAAAACUGGGAUGGUUUCAGAAGCUUCAAGAAAAAUUCAAGAGUCGACAGUAGACAGUAAUGCAAAGUUACUGCAAGAGAUAUCAAAUAUGCAGAAUAUUUCGACGAGAUCAAAUAAUGAACUAAACCUACAACAUGACAAACUAAGAAGCUGGUAUUUGGAAGAUACAUUCAGUUUAGCUGAAACCAAAACUACUAUUGAAAAUUCUCUUCAAGAGUGUACGAAUAAGGUUGAUUAUUCAAGGCAACAUUGGGAGAGUGUGACAGAGCUAUCGAUUAACCAUAUGAACGAAAGAAUCAUGACAAAGAUCGAAUCCUUUGUAGAGGAAACAAAUAUUGCAAACAAUAUUUUGCAUGAUGAAAUUACAUCCACAUCCUCUUCUUUAGAUGCGGAAAUCCAUACCAGAAUCUCUGAUAUUUCGUCGGCUGCAAAUGAUUCUCUCAUGCUUGAUAAAGAAUCAAUGAAGGAAGUAAACAACAUAUCUAACAUGUGCGUAAAUACACUGAAUUGCAUCGGAAAGAAGCAUAAGGAAGUUGUAGCAGAGAUUAGAAACCAAACAGAACAGUGUCUAAAAAGAGAUUAUCUGGUGGAUCAAAUUGAAAAUGUGAUACCAAGGAAACGCGAAAUAGUGAUACCAAGUUUGGCUUCAAUUGAAGAGAUGAGAACGCGAUCAUUUCCUAUUCAUAAUCAAGCCAAGGUGAUUGCUGAUGAUGUGAAUGUUGUUGCUAAUAGAGCUCCUUUCGCGGAUGUCAAUUGAUGAUGAUGAACUUGAAUGAAACAAGAGAGGAAAAUCUCUGCAUUAUUUAUGUAGAAAUAAAUGGCAGUCAUCUACUGAUGAAUCUAGUUUAUUUCCUAUCAUUUCUCUUUAAUUGUCAUGGCUUGCUAAUUAUCAAGCUAAGUGUGUGUGUGAGUGAACCUUAUAAGCUAGUUUAGUCACCAUUUCAUUUCAAUUAAUCUUGUUUAUAUAAGAUGUCAUUCAUAAUGGACUUAUAUGUAAGUUUGUCUUUUUAUUCAUAA